AUGUCGUAUACCGACCCCGACGCUACGCUGGCGCGAGCGCACGUGCGGGUAUCUCUGUUCGCCAUCCUAUCCGACCCCGCUCUCCGAAAAAAAUGGAUUGUUGCUAUAAAACGUGACGAAGGCAAGCACUUCUCCAUUACGAAGUACACUAAGAUUUGCUCAGGACACUUUCGAGAGGGUGACUACAUUCCGAACGUCGCUAGUAAACGUCGCUACCUCAGACAGGAAGCAGUGCCGAGCAUCUUCGCUUUCAACGUCGCGAAAAGGCCGCCCAGAAAGAAACCACGAGUACGACAGGCGCCGCCGUCAACGCCGAAGUUUUUCGCCGCUGAUGCCGGAGUGACGAAUGACGCAAUCGCCGAUCCGAGCAGUCAAGACACGGUGAGCGAACCCGCUAGUGAAGAGGCAAACUACGCAUUCGCCGAUCUGACCGGUGGACACGCGGCACCUGGGGCGUCGAGCCAGAAGAAUGCAACCGGCGAAAUUGUCACUGUCAACGCUAUGGGCGACAAACGCGGGAGUUCAGACAGCCAGAAAUCCGGAGGUGGGGGCGGCGAAGACGACGACAAUAAGCCUCAAAAAUACUUGCCGCCUUCGGAGGGGGGCGCUCCGUCCGGCAAAGCUACCGCCGAAGCCAGCACGACAAGUUCAAGUCAGAAACUGUCUACCCUAACGACCGUAAGCAAAACAACGACAAUGACAAGCGAACAAACCGUCAAAGCACCGACAACUAAACCAUCCCCCCCAAAACCGGGAACAACAAAAGAACCGAUCAAGACAGCAGAGCCACCAACGACAAGGAAACCAACGACCACUACCACGACGACCACUACAACGACGACCACCACAACGACGACCACUACAACGCCAAAACCGACCUGGAAAACCGGAAAGCCCAGGCCACCGGGUAUAACACCUCCUGCCAGAAAGCCGGGCAAGCUGUUCUGCACUCUCGGUCCAGCCCACGCGAUACAAGACUUCCCGCGCGAUGGCCAGUGUGAUUAUCUAUUCUACGACUCGCUCCGAGCCAAAAAUAAGAAGCUGGAAAGCAACGCCGAUGCCCUGAAGGUAUUCUCUAAAGGCUCUCAGGGUCUGAAGAAGACAGAGACAGGAGUGGCUCUGACUUGGAGGGACGCCGAUGAAGCUCUGGCCGCUCUGAAGGAGAAAGAGGGCAAGGACGCAGUGAAAGAAUGGAUUGCCUUGAAGAUACUCCACUACGGCAUAUUGGACGUUGUAGCUGACGCCAGAUUCACGAUUGACGACGUGAACAAAUUAAUCCAGCUUCUUAGGGAGGUGCAUACUGCCCGAAAGGGAUCUACACAGGAAGGCAAAGUACACCGUAUCGUUCUGGGUAUGGCGUUCAUCGUGCCGAACCUUGAAGCAUAUGACCGCCUUGAAGACCAGAUACUGUAA